GUUGUUGUGGUGCUAUCUCGGUGUCCGGUUAUGAGUUGUGUGCGAGUCGUGAGAAAUCGCCGCAUCGUCACGUCGUCGAUUUUAUAAAUCCUUGCCCAGUCCGUCGGUCUCUCAUUCGCGUGAGACGUGCAGAAAAACGCGCAGGCGAAUAACACGCAUUAACGCUCGCAAAAACCCUGUUUACAGUGACAACAGAGUGAAUCGCGUUCAUGUCACCAGCACACCGGUGAUUUAACAACAAUUUACGCAUCUUACACAAGAACUCAAGAUGAGGACUUUUUACCUGCUGUUCGUUACGUUAACGGCAAUCAUCGCGCAUAUUACCGCAGAAAAUUGUCUCACCAACAAUGACAGUCAAACGCCGAAUCCAGACGGCAAGAAUAAACUCUACACCGGCCAGCAGGAGUUCUCGCUGAAUCUGCUACAAUCCAUCAACGCACACAGUCCGAAUUCGAAUAUUUUCUUCUCGCCGUACAGCACGUAUCAUGCUUUAUUGAUGGCGUACUUUAUUUCUUCCAAUACUACAGAAAUGUAUUUGAAGAAAGUUCUCAAACUCGACCCAAAACAGAGUAAAAUUGAUGUGUUUUCUGCAUACAAACUGGAUAAAUUGUUAUCAUCAAUUCAACGCAGUGGAGAUUAUGAGUUUACCAACGCUAAUCGAAUCUAUGUGGAUAAGGAUAUUCAAGUACGUUCGUGUAUUCCUCCACUUUUCGAGGAUGAGCUUCAAACGCAAGAUUUUCAAAACGCGCCAGAUGUAUCACGGCGUAAUAUUAACUCUUGGGUUGAAGAACGUACGCAUAACAUGAUCAAAGACAUUCUGCCUCCGGGUAGUAUAGAUUCACAAACAAAUCUGGUGCUGGCCAAUGCGGCGUAUUUCAAGGGAUUGUGGGAGAAUAAGUUUGAUGCUGCCAAUACUAAAUUGGAUGUGUUUCACAUCAGUCCGUCGAAUAGAACUAUUGUUGACAUGAUGAACGUACAAGGAUCUUUUAAUUUCGAUAUCUCGGAGGAAUUGGGUGCUCACAUUCUGGAGUUGCCUUACAAAGGAGGUGAUAUCAGUAUGUUCAUUCUCCUUCCGCCAUUUGUGAAAGAAGAUGGCGUCGCAAAUAUUUUAAAGAAGUUGACGCUGGAGCAAUUCCAGAAGAUCGUCGGUGACGAAAGCAAGUUAUGGCCGCGUACCGUCAACGUCUCGCUGCCGAAAUUCAACCUGGAGCGUACGAUCGAGUUGGUGCCGAUCCUAGAGGCGAUGGGUGUGGGCAACCUUUUCCGGCAGGAUGCUGAUUUCUCGCAGUUGACAGGCCGCAAGGAUGUGAGUCUCGGCCGCGGCAUUCACAAGGCGCGCGUGGAGGUGGACGAGCGUGGCACGCGCGCCGCUGCCGCCACCGUUCUCUUCACGUUUCGCAUGAUGAACGACGAACCUGUCAUACCUUUCCGCGCAGAUCGGCCCUUCGUCUUCGCGCUCUACAAUCGGCGCGUGCGCACGCUCCUCUUUCUGGGCAUCCUGGACCGAAUGAACAUCGGCGAUGUCUUCACACAAAACUCCAACUUUUCAGUUCUGACCAAUCAGAAAGUUAGUCUGGGAAAUGCGCUGCACAAGGCGAAAAUCGAAGUAAACGAAGAGGGGACAAAGGCAGCUGCUGCUACGGUAUUGUUUUCAUUCCGAUCGAGCAGACCUGCCGAACCUGCCAUCUUCAAUUGCAAACAUCCUUUCGUUUACAUCAUCUACGACAAAAAGGAACAAGCAAUCCUCUUCCAGGGCGUAUUCCGCAGCCCUUAUUAACCUAUUACACUCACAUCAUCACCACAGAACAUUGUAAUCAUCACAAGCAUGACUGAUUUUUAUCCUGGUCAUUUCAAACCAACGUAAAAAUCCUCUUACGCACGUCAUAUCCAUUUCGACGUGUAAAUAAAGUUGCCUACGUUAGAUUCCUACAAGUUUCUGUAUAUAUGUGGCAAUCGCACGACACGAGUUGUAGCAGGCUAUUUUUAUAUGUAUUUAAUUCGUAGAUAUAAUACGUAAAUGUGUAUGAUUUGUUUUUUAAUAAUAAAGAUUAAUUAUUAAUUGA